CAACUGAUUAUGUCAGCUCUUUCACCUUGUUUGCAUAAUCAUGUCGGUUCCAAGUUUGGUGGAGGUAGUGUCACUGGGGCUUCGGAUACCAACGUGGGCAGGCGUGACCUGAUUGACCUGCCCACCAAUGUCAAUUUUGACGGAAAGAAGCAUCAGACCAAUCUCGCUCGUCGUACGGCUAGCGAUGCCAAGGACACGCAGUUGAUGAUUGCUCCGACUCAAAGCAAUGUACAACACAAAGUUUGGGAGCAAAAGAGGGAGCCUCCGACCAAGGCAUACCAGUAUCUAAUCGUGGCUGCUGAACCGUAUGAGACAAUCGCUUUUCGCAUUCCUGCGUGCGAGAUAGAAGACGAAGCUGACGAAGCUGGAUAUUGGAACUGGUCAUAUUGGGAUCCUGAUAUAAACUAGUAUAAGUUCCAGUUCAUGUUCCGUUCGACUUAUUGAUCGUACCUGCCAAUUGCACAGUACUACGCGGUUUUCUUGUCAUGCCAAAUUAUUUGGAUCAACUUCAUCCUGAUAAAUUUAGCCUCUAUCUCAAGUAUUCAGGAGAUGAUUAAUUAAAUGACCUGUCAGCGCCAAAGUUGUCACUCGUGUAAACUUCCCCUUGCUCCAGACUUCUAGAACAAGAAGCACGAUGAUCAGUUGGUUGUAUACACAUCAGUAGUCCAAAUGAGUUAUGUCCCUGAAGUUCGCAUGAUGUAUUAAGUGCAAACGUCUCGCGCAAGACAAUAUACACCAG